UCGUCUUCUCGUGCUCCCCGUCAGGCGGUGUGUGAGGACGGUGCCGCUUCCUGCCAUGGCCCUCCGUUGGGAAUAUGUCACCGCCGAGCAGCUCAGCGGCUUCGAUCGCUAUAAGUACAGCGCGGUGGACACCAAUCCCCUCUCCCUCUAUGUUAUGCACCCGUUCUGGAACUUCAUAGUAAAAUUUUUACCCACAUGGCUGGCUCCCAAUCUCAUCACUUUCAGCGGUUUCUUGCUGUUAGUCUUCAAUUUCCUGAUGAUGGCGUUCUUUGAUUCCGACUUCUACGCGUCUGCACCAGGUCAUGAACACGUUCCCAGCUGGGUGUGGAUAGUAGCCGGACUGAUCAACUUCACAGCCUACACACUAGACGGAGUGGACGGCAAGCAGGCCCGCAGAACCAACUCCAGCACUCCCCUGGGAGAACUGUUUGACCACGGGCUGGACAGCUGGGCCUGCAUCUACUUUGUGGUGACGGUGUACUCCAUCUUCGGGCGCGGGGUGACUGGGGUCAGCGUCCUGGUCCUUUACCUCCUCCUGUGGGUCGUGCUCUUCUCCUUCAUCCUGUCACAUUGGGAGAAAUACAACACCGGGAUCCUCUUCCUGCCCUGGGGAUAUGACCUCAGCCAAGUGACGAUUUCCAUGGUGUACCUGGUGACUGCAGUGGUGGGAGUGGAAGCCUGGUAUAAACCCGUCUUCUUCAGCAUCUUGUACCGUGAUCUCUUCACCACCAUGAUCGUCGGUUGUGCUGUUACCAUCACUCUGCCGAUGAGCCUCUACAACGUGUUUAGAGGUUAUCGCAACAGCACAUUGAAACACACAACUUUAUACGAGUCGAUGCUGCCGAUCAUCUCUCCCGUGCUGCUCUUCAUACUGUCCACCUUCUGGAUCUUCGCUUCUCCUGCCAAGAUCCUGGAUGCCCACCCUCGUCUAUUCUACUACAUGGUCGGGACCACCUUCGCCAAUAUCACGUGUAAGCUGAUUGUGUGUCAGAUGAGUAAUACCAGAUGCCAACCUCUGAGCUGGCUGCUCAUCCCCUUGACGUUGGUGGUCCUUGCCGUGGUCUCGGGGUUCGCCAAUGAAAAUGAAGCUCUCCUGCUGGUUCUGCUGACAGUGCUAGUAACUAUCGCACACAUACACUACGGAGUGUCAGUGGUCAAUCAGCUCAGUAAACACUUCAACAUCUUACCGUUUUCACUCAAAAAGCCCAACACGGAAUGACUAGAGGAGGAAGAGAAGAUCGGCUUGCAGUCUGCAGAAGUUGUGUAAAGAAA